AUGGUCAGUUGGACUAACGGCGACUGGACACACCCCACACUUGAAGUCACGAGCCUUGACCUCGAAGGGAACGUUGAUCGCUCCGAGUCCCGCCAUGGCAGUGUCGCACUUCUCAAGCCAUCUAACCAGGGAUGUUGGUUGCAGCCAUAUGUUGCGUUGUUGGGCCCUGGGAUAGACCCCGAAAACUCCAAGAUUCCCCCGCUCAUCAAGGACUUCGCUUGGAUGCGGAACGCCAUCUCGGGAUGUCGCCAACAGCAUAAGGACUGUGUCAAUGCGGCCCCGUCCUUACCUGGACUUCUAGUGAUUGACUGCUUGGCUAGUUCUUGCACUGUUUCUGUCGUUUCAGUACACGAUGCAUGCCAGUAUGCUGCCCUGUCAUACGUAUGGGGAGGCGUUCUUGCGACAGCCACAGAAAUCCCGGCCGUUGUCAAAGACGCUAUCAAGGUGACCCUGGAACUAGGUCUAAAAUAUCUUUGGGUAGAUCAAUAUUGUAUUCCGCAAAACGAUGACGCACAGAAACACCGCCUGAUCCGUGCCAUGGAUCAAAUCUAUAGUGCGGCUUGUGUAACCAUUGUUGCAGCCGCAGGAAAGACAUCUGCCGAUGGACUACCUGGAGUAAGCACUGUUCUUCGACUAGACCAAAUGAAAAUUCAAAUCGACGGCUGUACUCUCCUUGAGCUCCCGGCUGCCCUCGGCUCUGCCCUCAAGUCAACCUGGCACCUUGUUUCCUCCGAAGCAGCGGUAUCGAUGGAGGAGGACUACUUUCUACCCACCGUGUUCGCAACUACGAAAGCUGAGUUUGACCAGCUCUGCAAAAGGAUUGUUCAUUACACCGGGAGGCGGUUAUCCUACCCCCAAGACUCCCUUAAUGCUUUUCUUGGUAUCUUUGCAGACUACGAACAACAGCAAGCAGGUCCAGUCUUAUCACGGCGACCUAGGCCUGAAGUACCGUCAGUGCUCAGCUCGCCUUUGGACAUUGCUCCGCAGCCGAGUCACAUCUGGGGGUUGCCUCUUCAACUAGGAGCUCGAAUGCUGUUGUGGGAACACUCUUCACCACCAAAAGAACGGAGGUCAGAUUUCCCUAGCUGGUCUUGGACUGGAUGGGAUGGUGGUGUUGAGCUUGGGUCUUGGAGCACCCUCUGGACCACACAUAGCUCCAAAGACCCAACAUUUGCGCCAACAUCCAUCGAGAUGACAAACCAGUUAAACUGUCCGUACGACCGCAGGGUUAAGGAUCUGUAUAUAACGGGAGCAACAAUAGAGCUAAAGUUCGCAACUCGGGACCAAACACAGCGUAUAAUUGACGGUGUGAAGCGACCAUCUGAUACUAGGUAUUUCCCCAACUUCGAUGUCGAGGCUCCGUAUCACCAUCGUUUGCUUGAGGCCUCCCCAGGGGUAUUCGUUGCGGUUCAAUCAACAAUGUCCGCCUCGCCUGCACCUCAAGGCCAGACUAUCGGUCUCCUUGUCACUACCGACACCGACAACUGUUUCUGUGCCUCCGGCAUGAUAGUCCUCCAGCGACUUGGCCAGAACUUCACAAGGAUGGGUUUCAUAAAUGCAGGAGAUUUAUGGGAGCACAAGUCCAUCAACAACAACAAAAGUGCCGUAUCCGCGAGGAGACUGCUGAACUCUUCUAUCCUUCCAACAUACAAGUUUGUAAAUAUUGAUGGCGAAUUUGUUGAUAAAGAAAUGCUGCCCUCGUCUUUUUUCGAUGGGCUUUCUUUUGGCCAAGACUUUGUACGGCAACGUAUCUGCCUCGAGUGA